UGAUUGUGUAUCAAAAAGCAAUAUGGUGAAAACACAAAUUUGCAAAUGCAGAACACCAGUAGAUGAGCAGGUGAGAUACUUACCUGGUGAAAUGAUUCUUGGCAAGAAUUGUCACUGGCCUUGGGAGCCCAGGAAGCAAACAAGAAAUCCGAAGGAGCUCUGACCACUGUGCAACCAGGCAACAUUACACCCCAGACCAUCUUGACUUUGCAAUGGAAAAAGAGAAUCCGUAUCAAGCUACUCAGCAGCUAAUCAAUCACCCGAGUCCACCAGGCUGGGCAUGGAAGAUUGUAUCUCUUAUGUACAUGAGGAGGAAGAAGAAACAGCUGGGGCACAGGAUGGAGUUGUGCUUGAAGUAAGGGGAUACAUUGUAAGAGAAAGGCAGCUUGUUAUGCUGCAUUAUGGGCCUGCAGAAUGGUGUUCCUGCUUUUUUUAUGCUACAAAUUGUGAACAAAUUAAUAGCUUAGCCAUGUUAGAGUCAUAUCAAGCCAUGGGUCACUCACAAAUGUAAGUUGCCACAAGUGGGGUAUUUUAGCCUAAUAGCUAUUUGGAUAUCAAGACUUUAUAUUCCAAUAGCCUACCUGCUCAGAGAAGUAGAUUGGGGAGAUGAAGUGGACAGCUGGCAUAAUAUACGGACACUUGAACCCGGAAACAAAAAGACAGCUGCUGGAUCUAAUUUUAAACACAGGUCUCAAUCAGAUCCCUCUAGAACCUGGUUGUCCUGCUACAGCAAAGUCAUUAGUGGGAGUAGAGAGGCGUGAAGUUGAAGAUACUGGUAAAAAGCUUUUGUGAGAAGGGGAAUCACCCUUGUUCCAGUUAUGGUGUUUCCAUUUUUCACAGCAAGUUCAGAGGUACCAAAAUUGCGAAAGGAAGACCAAAAAGCACGAAAUGCACUCUUAGCUGAUAUCCAGCAGGGAACUCGCUUAAGGAAGGUGACUCAAAUCAAUGACCGCAGUGCACCACAGAUUGAAAAACCCAAAGGAACUAACAGAGAUGGAGUUAAUCCAGCCAUUAAUAAAGGCGGCACUCAGCAGCCUCUGGGAGGCUUAUUUGCUGGUGGCUUUCCUGUUCUCAGACCAGCAGGCCAGAGGGACAUGCCAGCUGGGAGGCCUGGGCAGCUUCCUGGUGUCCGAGCAGCGGCUCCCAAGACCUCCGCCGCACCGACCAGCAGCGCUGCGAAGGCGAGCAGUAACCCCUCGCACCCAGCCGAAGGCCCAAGGGCGGCGGUCCCACCAGAGCCUCCCAGCACCUCCCGAGCCGCAGCCGGCCCGGGACGGCCCAGCCUGCCCGCCCCCCCUCCACCGCCUCCCGCUUCCAGCAAACCUUCCCUCACUUUCCCUCCUCCCCCCGCUCUCCCGCCUCCGGCCGAGCGCCCUCCCAAGGGGGUGUCCCCCAGCGCUGCUCCUCCGCCCCCGCUCCCUCCUCCUCAGGCUGACAAGCCCACCAAGUUCCAAGCAGGCGCUUCGCACCCGCCCCCGCCGCCCCCUCCUCCUCCUCCUCCUCUCCCCCCCUCCCUGCCCCCCGUGCCCCCCUGCGGGUUUCCAGGCAGGACAACCGACUUCUCUGCCGCUGCUUCCUCUCCGUCGGAGGGAAGGGAUUGCCCACCUCCCGCACCGCCGCCCCCGCCGCCUCCUCCGCCACACGCGCACUCCCUGGCCGCGAACAGGCUCUCCUUUCCACCCUCCCCGGCCUUCAGCAGUGCCGCCAGCAGUGCUGACGUGCCCCCCCCGCUGCCCCCCAAGUCUCCCCACCUGCUGUCGCAGUUCCACAAGCCAAGCAGCAUCCAGUCGCUGCCGCUCCCUCCCACCCCCGGCCCCCCGCAGCCCGCAGCGGUGGCGGAGACCAGGAAGAAGAGACCCGGCCGAGGCGCAGGAACCGGUGCUGGGAGGCUAGUCACACCUCCACAGCCACCAGCAAGAUCACCAACAACUGAACUCACAAGCAAGUCCGGAGUCUCAGCCUGGGCUACAGCUCAUGACCUCUACCCACCACUUAAAAAUGGAAAUAUGCACAUCAUUGAUGACUUUGAAUCUAAAUUUACUUUCCAUUCUGUGGAAGAUUUCCCCCCACCUGACGAAUUCAAGCCAUUUCAGAAAAUAUAUCCCAGCAAGAUAGCUCGAGGUAAGUGUGUAAACAUGAGAAGAUCUGAUAAUUACCCAACAGCAUUAAAAACAGGGAGUGAAAAUAAAGAACAGAAACCAGCAUUAAAGUGAAGAACUGGGCUGCUAGCAUAGGCACAGAGAGGAAUAGGAUUUGUUACAGUGGUAACAGGAACCAAAGAUAUGAUGAAAAGCACUUAUUAAUUACUUUAAAGUCUUAGUAGCUAAGAAUAAAAUGAUGUGGCUUGACACGUAGUCUUGUGUUCUUUAGACUGUUGAAUUUGCAGAGCCCUUGAUGUUAAAAACAGUGAUGUCACAUAAACAGACUUAGGCAGCUACUGAGUUGCGUUUUUUUGUUUAUAACUUAACGAAAUCACAAAAGAAACAUGACUUGAUCCAUGUCUUCAUCAUGUGUUUUGAUUUAAAUCCUAUGCAUGGUGUUUCACACACCUGAAUAACAAAGACACUUGGUAACUGAACUUCGCUUCCCUGCCCCUCCCCUUAACUUAGACACUUAGUAUCAAGUCACUGUUGUAGGAGCAGGAGUUCACCUAUCCAGCUUUGAAAACUGGUAGUUGAAGGUGCCGUAAGAUCUCAUGCCCAUAUUCUGUUUUUUAUAAAACCCAGUCUUUUCUGUAUUAUUAGAUCAACUAUUUAUCUCCAACUUUUCAUUAAGUUUUUUUUUGUUCCUGUGCCAAGGUACUUUGCAUGACUUUUCACAGCUGCCUCAGUCAGUCUAAAUCGUCUGCUGUACGAUCUGAUCAAAGACUUUUUUACUGAAGGGCUACAGAGCAUGAGCAAUAUAUAUAUAUACAUAUAUCAGUUCAAGGGUAGGAGAUAAAUGCAGCAUCCCUGCUGUAGAACUGCAUCCAAAAUACAUAUCCAAAAACUGUAUCUAUUUAUCUAUCUCCUCUGAUUAAACCUGUCCUAUCUAUUUACAGAUCCCUCUAAAAAUCCUCCAUUAAGAACACAUGUGAGAUGAGAAGAGUCUUCUGAUGCUUUCUGGAUUAAUAUUAAAAAAGAACAACAUCAAGAUAAUAUAUAAAACAGAAGGGGUCCCCAUUACAGUGAUAGAGAUUAUAUUUGAAUUGCAAGUGCUUGCAAUGUUAACAUUUCUAUAAACAGGAAAAAUGAUGUAAAUCAUACUUUUUGAACUGGCCUACAUACCACAGGAAUGUUAGUACAGGCUUUUAAAUUACUGUAUAUAGAUAGAUAUUUUUUAAGCAACGCAGCAUAAAUUUUAAAUUCUUUGUAGUCUUGAAACAAUUCUUAUUCUUAUCAUGCUGACAGAUGUUACCUUAAAACUUUUUUUUGCAUUACACGCCUGUAGUUAAUUUUUCCCCUUCCAUCAUCAUUUUUAAGUAUUUUGGAAAUUCUCGUUAUUAUUCAGACAUUUUUCUAUGAACUAUCAGAAACUAACAUGCUACCUUUAGUCUCUUUGUAUGUUUCUUCACUUCUUCUAUUCUGCCUGUCCUCAGAUUGCAGCUGAAUGUCACUUUCAUGAACAGAUGGGCCCACAAUCCUUUUCUCAUCAAGCAUGAAGAGGAAAGAGAUGACAAGGAGCUGUGGCUGCUGUUGAGCCUACCUCCUAUUGAUUAUAGAUCCUUAUAGGAUAGUGUCUGAAGAAGCCCAGCUGGGUAGGGUGAUCAUGGACUUGACAAAGACCACAGAACUUUUCCAAACUGGGGGAAAAGAAAGUUGUUCUACUGUAAGCAAAAAAAAAAAAAAACAACCCAAAAAAGGUGUGUGUGAAUACACAUGCCAUGAAGUAUGUAUGUAAGGGUACGUGUCCUGUCUUUUCCUGCUGGCAAAGUGGAUGUUUACCAUUUGUGUGACAGAGUGUCUUGACCCAGCAAUUAGGAGGCCUUUGGAUGAGGGGUCCAACACCUACAUUUUAAACAGGCAACUAGAGCUCCUACUGUUCAGCCAUAGCAGCAGCAAGGAGUCGUUGUCCAAAAUACACCGCAUGGAACAAGCAGUCUCCAAAGGGGUUGUUCCCUUGGAUAGAGCUGGUUGGUUGAAAAAAGUAACAGCCUAGCAGCAGACAAGAGUUGAGUUUCUGCUUUUAAUAUGCAGCCUGGGGUAAGGUCUUUGGAUCACAGAUGUUCCAAUCUGGUCAUAAGAUGUCUAUUUCCAGCAAGAAUUACCCUUAUUCUUGUGCAUUUCCCUGCACUAAUAGGAGUGUUGCCAGCAAGUCAAGGGAGGUGAUCGAUCCUUCCCCUCUGUUCAGCACUGGUGAGGCCACACCUGGAAUACUGUGUCCAGUGCUAGGCUCCGCAGUACAAGAGAGACAUGGACAUACUGGAGAGUCCUACAAAGGACCACUAAGAUGAUAAAGGGACUGGAGCAUCUCUCCUAUGAGGAGAGGCUGAGAGAACUGGGACUGUUCAGCCAAGAAAAGAGAAGGCUCAGAGGGGAUGUCAUCAAUGCGUAUAAAUAUCUGAAGGGGGUAUAAAGAUGGAGUCAGGCUCUUUUCAGUGGUACCCGGUGACAGGACCAAUGGCAAUGGGCACCAGCUGAAACACAGGAGCCUCUGUCUGAACAUCAGGAAACACUUUUUGACUGUGGGAGCGACUGAGCACUGGCGCAGGUUCCCCAGGGACAUUGUGGAGUCUCACUCCUUAGAGAGAUUCAAAAGCCCUCUGUACAUGGUCCUGGGCAGCUGGCUCUAGGUGGCCCUGGCUGAGCAAGGGGGUUGGACCAUAUGGCCUCCAGCCAUCCCUUCCAACCACAACCACUCUUUGAUUCCCCUUCUUCAGCUUUCUUGGGUCCUGCACUUGGGUCACAACCCCAUGCAGCGCUAAAGGCUUAGGGAAGAGUGGCUGGAAAGCUGCCCUGUGGAAAAGGACCUGGGGAUGCUGGUCAACAGCCAGCUGAAUACCAGCAGGUAGUGUGCCCAGGUGGCCAAGAAGGCCAAUAGCAUCCUGGCUUGUAUCAGAAAUAGUGUGGCCAGCAAGACUAGGGAAGUGAUCAUCCCCCUGUACUGGGCACUGGUGAGGCUGCACCUCAAAUACAGUGUUCAGUUUUGGGCCCCUCACUACAAGACAUGCAGGUGGUGGAGUGUGUCCAGAGAAGAGCAACAAAGCUGGUGAAGGGUCUAGAGAGCAAGUCUUAUGAGGAGCAGCUGAAGGAACUGAGGCCGUUUAGCCUGGAGAAAAGGAGGCUCAGGGGAGACCAUAUCACUCCCAACAACUACCUGAAAGGAGGUUGUAGCAAGGUGGGUGUCAGUCUCUUCUCCCAGGUAACAAGUGAUAGGACAAGAGGAAACAGCCUCAAGUUGUGCCAGGGGAGGUUUAGAUUGAAUAUUAGGAAAAAUUUCUUCACCAAAAGGGUUGUCAAGCAUUGGAACAGGCUGCCCAGGGAAGUGGUGGAGUCACCAUCCCUCGGGAUAUUUAAAAGAUGAGUAGUGUGUUGCUUAGGGACAUGGUUUAGUGGUGGACUUAGCAGUGUCAGGUUUACAGUUGGACUUGAUGAUCUUAAAUGUCUUUUCCAACCUAAAUGAUUCUAUGAUUCACCAGCUUGAAGAAGGGCACUGCUGUUCCAGGGUGAACCUGGUGCUAACAGCCAGGCUGUUUACAGUUAUGGCAUUAAUUUAUAUAAUUGCCAUAAACUCCCCUCAGCUGCAGCUGUAAUACCAUUAUAGAUCAUAGGUGAAUAUCUUCCCCCAUGGCCCUGCCUUUGAACAAAACUAUUUGGAAAAGACAGGUAACUGCAUCUUUACAUAUCUCUGCUUUUUUCUUAGUUCUUGCAACAGCUGAGUUACACCGUAACUCCUGCUCCCACACAUGCGUGCUCAUGGUGUGGACAUGGUGUAAGGGUAAGAAGCUCUUCACCUGUAGGACUCUUAAGAAAGCAUCAUUAGUCUUGUUCUAGCCUAUUAUGAUACCUUGCUGUAUUUCAUGUGAAAAGAAGAAAAUAGUGACGCUUUGACCUUACAGUUACUUGAUAAAUAUGCAUGAAUAUAGUAAUAAGCAGGGGUCAGCAUAUACAUUGCUUCUCAAACAACUGGAAAAGUUUAAUACUGCUUUGAAGAAUUUUUUGUUAUAGUACUAUUAAAGGUGAUGUAUUGUUGGUUCUCAUUUGUUCUGGAACUUGUGUACUGCUCUGUAAUAAAUGCCUUCAUAAGGAUUUUAAAACUACUUAAUACUAGACUACCCACCAGAAGAUAGCUAAAGGAGAAAAAAUUUUACUCCUGUUUUUAUUAUGAUUAGGUGUAUUUUAGAAGCAAACAACAUCUUUCAGGUAUUAAAUUAGAAAGCCUGGGCAUA